ACCUGCUUUUAUGAAAGAAACACGAUGGCUGAACUAACUCUGGUAACUAUUCAGGUCUCAGCAGAGCCCCCUGGUGGUCUGUCCAGGAAUCAGUCGGUUGUGCUGAACUGUGAGAUUUCGCAGGUGAUUGGCACUGUGACCCUGGCUUGGCUCCGGAUGAAGGGGGGCAGGGGGGAGCUCGUAAAACAGGAGGUCCUGACAAAGAGACCCCCAAAAACGAUGCUCAGCCUCACCCUGCCCAGCCUCACUGAAGACCAGCUACACUGGGCCUGUGUGGUGUUCACAGGGAGCGUGCUCAGAGCACAGGUCCCCCUGCACCUCACGCUGCCAAAAACGCCCAUCACUGACCCCGAAAAGUCAGAGGAAGAUGAUGGAAGGCGGCUGGUGAUCAUUUUGGCCUGUAGUGCCGCGGUGUGUGUUGGACUGUUGUUGUUGUUGUGUGGAGGACUGUUGUCUCGCCGUCUGAAAAGAGCAACAGCAGUUGGAGGGAACGGUGAUUCCAGUGCAGCUGACAACGUCUACAGUAACGUCGCAGAGAUACAGAACGAUCAAGCAAACCCAGGCACAGCCACAGAGGAGAAUGAGAGUGAAGAACUCCAGUACUUGGUAUUUUCCCAGACUGCUCCCAGUCACAAUCCGCACAGACAACGGCAGGAUCGGUCUGGACAAGAUGAAAAUGAGAAAGUGGUCUAUGCAAGCAUCUGCAAAACAUGAUAUGCUGCAAUCAAAUGGAUAAACAAAACAAGAUGUCUACAUUUCAAACUUGUCUGUACAGUGCAAUUCAAAUGGAGAUGGACGAAGACAAUAUACCGAUGUUUCCAUGACCUGUUAAUAUUUGAAUUUGCCACUGUUUCAUUCCUUCUGGUAAAAAAUAGAAGCUUUUGCCAGUGAAGCAUACAUUUGUUUUCUGGAAAAUAUGAAUGUCAUUGUGAUUUUAUUCUGGUUGUUUUCUUUAAUAAGAUAGAUAAUAGAUAUAUAUUUUUUUUAAUGGUGUUUUGGUUUUAUCUGGGUACUGUGGUAUACUCUUCUGUCAGCAUGUAAUGGAGUAUAUAGUAACUAAGUAAAUAAGUCGAAUAAGUACACUUAAUAUAGUGAAUAGUAAAAAAGCUGCACAUUGUUCAUUAUGUAACUUUGAAUUGAAGUGUUUUAAAUAAUAAACUUCCUCCUUUUUUCAUAACUGAUUCACAGGUGCAGAAUAUAGCUUUUCAGACACUCAAGGUCUGCCCUGUGUGUGUGUGUGUGUCUGUCUGUCUGUCUGUAUGUGUUAGCUUGUGCAAUUGUGUGUUCACGCGUGUGCAUUUGUGUGUGUUUGGGUGUGUGUGCUUGCCUGUGUGUAGGUGUUCUGCGUGAAGUGAAGGUCUAAAAUGGAAUCGUUAUGGUGAGCUGUUCAGAGUGAGUUUGUUCAGUAAGAAAUAAGGCUAAUUUACCCCUUUUAAAGAGGCAUGUGACCAGCAUCAGCCUUUGGCUCUGUAGAAGAAGAAUGGAUCUUAGUGUAAUAUUUAUUGCAGUCCUAACCCUAACCCACUAAUCCCAGGCCUCACUCUAACCCAAUAAUCCCAGUCCUAACUCAAACCCACUAAUCCUAGUCCUCACCCAAACCCACUAAUCCCAGGCCUAACCCACUAAUCCCAGUCCUAACCCAGACCCACUAAUCCCAGUCCUAAUCCAAACCCACUAAUCCUAGUCCUAACUCAAACCCACUAAUCCCAGUCCUCACCCAAAUCCACUAAUCCCAGUCCUAACCCGAACCCACUAAUGCCAGGCCUAACCCAAACCCACUAAUGCCAGGCCUAACCCAAACCCACUAUUCCCAGGCCUAACCCCAACCCACUAAUCCCAGUCCUAAUCCAAACCCACUAAUCCUAGUCCUAACUCAAACCCACUAAUCCCAGUCCUCACCCAAAUCCACUAAUCCCAGUCCUAACUCGAACCCACUAAUGCCAGGCCUAACCCAAACCCCAAACCCACUAAUGCCAGGCCUAACCCAAACCCACUAAUCCCAGGCCUAACCCAAACCCACUAAUCCCAAUCCUAACUCAAACCAACUAAUCCCAGUCCUAACUCAAACCAACUAAUCCUAGUCCUCACCCAAACCCACUAAUCCCAAUCCUAACUGAAACCCACUAAUCCCAGGCCUAAACCCAACCCACUAAUCAUAGUCCUCACCCAAAUCCACUAAUCUCAGGCCUCACCCUUAUUAGCCUACCUCUCUGGAACACAGCCCACAGUCCAUUCCAGCCGCAUCCUUUAAAUACAGGAGCUCAGCUUCACACACUGGGCUUGAACACCUGCUUAUUGCUUCCAAAUCCAACUUGCAUGCUGGAUGUGUCUGAGCUCCCUGCCCUCCACCUUAUUCAUUUUGCUGACAAAUCUAUGCAGAGUGACGUGGCAUAUAUUGAAUCUCCUGCCAACAGCCCUUAUAGCUUGACCCUUAUCCUGGACAUCCUGGAGAGCUCGGUCUGCUCUCUUUCUAUGACCCAUUUUCUGUGAAGGCGACUGUUGAUUGUCUGAGCUGCCUAUUCCGCACUAUGUAUGUGUUUGUAGUACGCUGUCUUCCAUGUUUUGUUAUUGUAUUAUGUGCAUUGUAUUGUAUGUGAAUGCUUUGUGCAAGAAUAACGCAGUAUAUUGAAAAAUAAAACACUCAAAAUAUU